AAUUCCCAGAAGCCUCCGCGAGGAUCCCAGGCGGGCAUGCCGCGGGGCGCGCACGUGAGGCUUUGGGGGCUGCGGACCCUCCUGGGGGCCCCCCUGCGCAUGCGCCACGCCUUCCCCUUGGAGGCGCAGGUGCCCCGGGAUGUGCUGCUCUUCCAGCACGACCGGCGGCGCUUCUUCCGCCUCCUGGGCCUCUUCUGCGCCGCCCAGUUCGCCUUCUGGUCCUUCUUGGCCCACUUCGCCUUCCAUUCCUUGCGGGCGCCCAAGCGGGAGACGGGCAAGGGCAAGGGCCGCCCCGCCCCCACGCUGCCCGGAGGAGCCUCCCUCGACCUGGGCUCCGACAAGUGGCGCUUCGGCUUCAGCGCCUCCUGCCUGACUCUGGGGUGUCUGAUUGUGGCUGCAGGUUUUGCCUUUUCCCGGCGCUCCGUCGGCCGUGUCCUGCUGCACCGCGGGGGCCAAGAGGUGACGCUGAGCACCUACUACCCGUUUGGCCUCACUUCCUCCUUCUCGGUGCCCCUGCGCCACGUCUCCUGCAUGUCCCACCGGUCGGAGGUCCCGGCCUGGAUCCCACUCAAGGUCAAGGGGAAGCCCUUCUAUUUCCUGCUGGACAAACAGGGGCGGGUGACAAACGCCCAGCUUUUUGACAUCACUGUGGGAGCCUAUCGCAAACUAUAAAGCCCAAGGCUGCCGGGGGAGAAGAGGAACCCUUGCAUUCAUGAACUCAAUGGAAGAAAACCCUUCUUACCCCUCCCAUCUUACUGCAUUUUGAACUGGGAUUGUGUUGGGCCUUCAGAUGUGCCGACAUUGUAUUGGAUGCUGUGAAUAAAAAGAUGUAAAUAACUGUU